GAAGAGGUUGUGGGAUUGACUGUUGAGCCAAACAUGCCAAAACUCACGGUGCUUAUUAGUCUGUCGAUACUUGAAGGAACAACCACAUCAGUAGAUCCGAAAUUCUAACUAUUCCACCUAGUUGGUGAUACUCCGUUAACACACCAUUUGGCUUCCUCUUGUGCGCAACUUGCAACCAGUAUCGAUUUAACUAGGGUGUCGUUGUACACGGAUCAUGUCUUUGAAUGGGCACAAGGUGCAUCUGAACCUUUGAAAUUGACCAUCAAUAAUGGGUGCUUUAGAACAAUUAUGGAGAUGGAUUCAUCAGGCCUUACCUUAACAUUUGCAGUUGUUGUCAUUGCCUCAUCUAAUAUCCCUCUAUUUGAUGACUCUUUGCUGAUGCUCUCGAAAUACGUUACAAAUGACUCUAUUCUUAUAGUGGAUUCCGAAAUGGGAAUCGGGCUUGAAACGCGUGUAUUCCAUUCAUUGCCAAAUGUUGGAUGCGUCAACACUUGUUCUGUUGGUGCUGUUGAUGUAAUUGGUUAUUCAAAGUUCACCGUCAAGUCGGCUCUGAAAAUUGUUAUGCUGUUACCAUCUUGUGAGAUGAACCGCCAUUUGUCAAACUUUGUUACAAUGCUCUCCAAGUCCUGUGAUAUUCAAAUCGCUUCAACUGCAGAAGAUUUCCACGAUGCUGCAUGGUCAAAGUGUCUUAAACAUGUGGCAUUUGACGUUCCAGCUAUCUUGUUUGGGGAGAACAGAUAUUCAAGAUUAGUAUCUGAAAACAGGAUCAGGAUUGUUGUUGAGGAUUUGAUCGAUGAGGUGGUAGCAUUGGCUUCAUGUUACGGGGCAAAAAAAUGGUCAAGUGGUAUCUCACAGCUAGGUAUUACAUCGUUGCUGAAUUCUCUUGCACUCAAAGUCACUGACAAAGCAGUCAACGAAGGUUUGGAGAAUUACUUGUUGGCUUUGGUCUUUCACUUUUUACUUUUAUCAGAUACGUAUGGAAGGCACUGUCCUGCCUUGGAGAGUGUGUAUCCUAUGUUGGUCAACAAGAUUUCACCACCAAUGGGAACCUUAUCACCUACUGUUGAAAGCAACAAUAAUAAUGCCUCUGCAGAUUUAGACGAACUCCAAGAGCUUUUCUUUGAUGCUGCCCAAAUACCUUUAGAUCCAGACUUGGAAGAUACAGAUAUCAAAGAUACAAAAUAUCUAGCAUUCAACAACUAUCGAGAUUACGAUAGACCAUCUAUUAGGACAAAAGCAUUCAAACAUAACGAUUCACCUGAUUCCUCCUUGGACGGUAUGGAGACGUUGGAAAGUGCGUCAGAAUUCUCAAUCAAAUGUCCUCCGGAUAAGCUCAAGGUUACAAAGCAUAAUUAUAAAGCACCAAUGAACUUUAGUGGGAAGAAAACGUAUGAACAAUCUCACAGGAAAAUGGCCAUUGGUGUGGUUGACCGUAAAGCUCUUAGUGAACCACUGUUUAAAUCCAGAGAAGGAGUUCUUCUGGCUAUGCUAAACGAUGGUGUUUAUACAACAACCACUGAGCGAUACGGGAGCGUCAGCCAUAACAGAACUAGGCGUACUUGAAUCAUUAAUGUGUCUAUAGAUAUUU